AUGACGUGUCCCUAUGCGGCUAGGCGCCACCCGACAGUGAACAGACAGCGCACGGCAACGACGCACCAUCAGUCACGCACCCUCCACCCAAGUCGCCGACUCCCGCCGUCGCGAUCGCGGCGGCCGCCGGCAAUGUCUUGGCUCGCGCGCUCCAUCGCCAACUCCCUCCUAUCCCCCGACAGCCCCGAGGCCGACGGCGAAGACCCCCGCGCCUCCGACUCCACCUCCCCGGGCUCACCCCCUCGCGGCGUCCGCGAGGAUCUCUCGGAGCUCACUGACGCCCUCGCCCACCGGUUCCAGGGCCUUGCCUCCUUCCUCGCGGCGCCCACUCCCGCAGGAAGCGGCGGCGCACCCCGCGGGCUGAACCCGUCCGAGAUUGCGGGGCGCUUCCGCCUGGGGCUCGCGCGGCUCCCGGGCCGCCAGGCCGUGGCAGAUCUCGCCAAGAACGCGUCCUCUCUACUGCACCCGGACGAAUACUGGGGCGGGUCGGAGGCCGCCGGGGCUACCGAGGACGUGGUCGCCUUCGCGCGGGACGCCGCCAUGCGGCCCGAGCUCUGGCUGGACUUCCCCCUUCUCCCCGACGACGCGGACUCGGACGAUUUUGACAUUAGUGAUGCGCAGCAAGAUCACGCGCUGGCCGUCGAGAGCAUGGCGCCGGAGCUGGCAGAUCUGAGGAUCGAACUCUGCCCAAGCCACAUGAGCGAGGGCUGCUUCUGGAAGAUAUACUUUGUGCUACUGCACCCUAAGCUCACAAAGGAGGAAGCCGAGCUUCUUUCUACUCCUCAGAUUUUGGAAGCUAGAGGGAAGUUGUCACAAAAUUCGCAACAUCGGACAAAGCUAGAGAGCAACGAAGACACAGUGGCUCUGACUUUCAGUAAUGGAGAUGGUACUGUACCUAUACCUGUAGAGGUGGUCAGCGUAGUAAAAGAUCAAGAUGCUUCCGGCAGGCCCACAGCUUUGGGCAAUGUAGAUUAUGGUAUACUUGAAUCGAUUCCUCUGGAAGAGCUAGCAAAAGAUACAGUCAGUGAUGCUGGAGCUGUUCCUUCAGAUAAAAUCAGCAGUGGCGUGCCUGUACAGCUAUUGCCGGUAUUAAGAGAUGCCACUGAGUUCUCAGUCUCACAAUCAAGGAUGGGAGAAACCAUUCACACUCCCUCUAAAGAACAUCCCACUGGGUUCUCACAAUCUAGCAUUGAAGAAAGAACACCCGACUCAAUUACAGAUGAUGUUGUAGCAAAUGAGCAGUGUGUACCAUUUGUAGACAGUGCUCCAUCGGAAGAAGAUCAACAUAAAUGGUCAUUGAGUGACCUCAGCGAGCAAUCAAGAGUUGUCACUCAAAAGUCCCAUAACGAUGGCACUGAUGAUGAUGGGGAUGAAUGGCUGGAAGAGGACACGGCUGGUCCAGGAAGCACGCACAUUCCAAUAGUAGGCGACGAUGAGGAUAUAUCUUUCAGUGAUCUGGAGGAAGAUGACUGA